AUGACCACGAAGGAUAAUUCAGUGAGUGGGAUACUCACACAGUCGUCUCCAAAUAUGUCGACGCCGGUUCAAAGUCAUCAGAGGAUGGGUUCAGAGGCGGUCGACAGCUCCGAGGAUGUGAAAUCCACGCACGGGUUCAACGAGCAGACCAAUUAUGUCCGCCCUCGAACAAUCGUCACGAUAUUUCUGGCUUGCGCAAGCGUGGACCUCGUUGCUCUCAUGGACCAGACCACAUUGGCAGCUAGCUUGAACAUCAUUGGGAACGCCCUCAACGCCAGCAACCAAACGGCUUGGAUUGCCAGCGGAUAUUUCAUAACAUCCACGGUAGGCCAGCUUCUCUAUGGACGGCUAUCGGACAUCUGGUCGCGUAAAGUGAUUCUUCUCAUUGGUUUGGCGGUCUUCUUCACCGGAUCUCUGGCCUCUUCAGUCGCAAACUCGGGUACCCAGCUGAUCAUCUUCCGAGCCUGGACGGGUAUCGGAGGGGGCGGGCUCAUGACCGUCGCACAGAUGAUUGUGAGUGAUGUCGUGCCGCUCAGGGAAAGGGGCAAGUACCAGGGUAUAUUGGGUGCAGUUGUCGCCAUAGCAAAUGGCAUCGGGCCUGUUGUUGGUGGUGCGCUGGCCUCGCAGUCUCGGGACUCGUGGAGAUGGAUUUUCCGCCUGAACAUGCCACUCACGCUUCUUUGCACGCUCUGCGUCGUCUUUUUUAUGCCGCUUAGGAAGGUCGAAGGGAACUGGAGAGUCAAGCUGAAGGCCGUUGACUUCGUCGGAAGUUUCCUUGCCCUUGCGGGAACUACUGUGCUUAUGCUGGGGUUGACUUGGGGCGGCGGAGAUCACCCUUGGAACUCGGCUCACGUCAUUGCCACCCUCGUUGUUGGGUUCUUUGUGUGCGCAGGCUUCGUCUUAUGGCAGUGGAAAGGCGCCAGGUUUCCGCUGGUUCCAUGGUUGCUGUUAGUACACAUUUUCAAGUCCAAGAUUGUGAACGGUGCCUGCAUCACCAUGGCAAUCAACGGAUGGAACUUCGUCGUUCAAGUCUAUUACAUCCCCGCCUUCUACCAACUCGCCUACGGGUACUCGGCAACCAAGGCCGGCGCAAUGCUGCUUCCCAUUACCCUGACCCAAACUUUGUUCAGCACGUUAUCUGGACUGGUGGUGCAUAAGGUCGGGCGCUACCGAGAGUGCAUCUUGUUGGGCUGGGUAAUGUGGGCUGUUGGCGUCGGCCUGUUGUCGACUCUUGACGAGAGCUCCAGCGUGGGCAAACAGGUGGGUUACUCAUUGCUCGUGGGUGCUGGGGUUGGAAACACACUUCAGCCGGCCUUGAUAGCGAUUCAAGCCGGGGUGAGCCGAAGAGACAUGGCCGUGGUUACAUCUUUCCGCAACUUCAUACGGAACUUUGGAAGCACCAUUGGCCUUGCGAUUUCCGGCACGCUCAUGUAG